AUCGGGAGUGCCAGCUCUAGGUUAUCGGCCGGGUUCCCACUAAAUUCCAACUAACUGUAUUUACUUAGCUAGAACAUGUAAAUAAAUGAGAAAAUAUGGCUGUUUAUCGUCCCCGAGGAACUCUAGCCCGCGUCAUCCACGCAAAGUUCCACAAUGAUAACUCUCUGGAAAACAUAGACACCAGAAAGUGGUAUUCCCUGGCCUACGACCUGCCCCAGCACUUCCAGGUCAAGUUCGUGGCCCUCGAGCCGGACGCGACAACGUUGGGUUGGCUGGAAAGAGCAAAGGCCCUCUCGGCGAACAUUUGGACCCACUUGUGGCACUCCCUGGCAAGAUCCAUUCUCCAGUUCUUUAUGACGCAGACCGACAUCAAUGGCUUUCUGAAAAGGGGCUCUAUGUUCAUCCUGUCGGAGGCGCAGUUCCACAAACUGCUCGUGGCGGGCGGCUUUUCACCAGCAUCUGCCGUUGAACCGGUGACGCUACUGGACAUCGGCGCUGGGGAUGGCGAGAUUUCGCUGCGGGUUGCAAACACCGUUGCCGAGCUGAGUGGCAGUGCCGGUCUCCGGGUGUUUGCCACGGAGGCCAGCUGGACCAUGCGGGAUCGGCUGAAGAAGCUGAAUUUCAACGUAAUCAACGAAAUUGGCGCACUACAGAACGUAGAGUUGAUCUUGUGCCUCAACGUGCUGGAUCGGUGCUUUGAUUCGUUCAAGCUGCUGGAGGAUAUACACGUUUCUCUCGCUCCCAAUGGCAGAGCCGUGGUGGCCUUAGUACUUCCAUACAUGCAUUACGUCGAGACGAACACCUCGCACUUACCACUGCGCCCGCUCCUUGAGAGCACCGGGCGGCAGACGUCGUUCGAGGAAGAGGCCAGCCGGUUCAUGGAGCUGCUGGAGAACUGCGGCUUUCGCGUAGAGUCCUGGACGAAGGCGCCGUAUCUGUGCGAGGGAGACCUGCAUCAAUCGUUCUAUUGGCUAAUCGACCUAAUCGUUGUCAUCUCAAAGAAGACAUUCUAGAUCCGUGCGCUCGGCUGGCUUCACAGAUCCAACACAAUCUACCGAAAAUAUUGUAAUCGUUUUCCUUUUAGCUGUAAUGUCCGUGGCUGCUGCAUUGAUAAACUGAGCAUUUAUACUUAUUAAACGUAGGCUAUGAAAUAGGUAAACAAUUUAUUCUUAAAAAAUUACCAAAAAUGUUUAAAUUAAAGUGCGACAUUUCAAAUCCUGUUCGAAA